GAACGGAUAACGAGAACAUGGCAACUUCCGGAAACCAUCUUUUUAACUCCCGUUGUUGUCGUUGUCAGGUCGGCGAUUUUAUUAAAAAACCGCAACCAUGGGUCGUAUGCACGCACCUGGGAAAGGUAUCUCACAGUCGGCGUUACCAUACCGCCGCAGUGUCCCCACCUGGUUAAAACUCACAGCUGAUGAUGUUAAGGAACAGAUUUUCAAACUCGGCAAGAAGGGUCUUACUCCAUCCCAAAUCGGUGUCAUGCUCAGGGAUUCCCACGGAGUUGCCCAAGUCAGAUUUGUUACCGGCAAAAAGAUUCUCCGUAUCAUGAAAGCCAUGGGUCUAGCUCCGGAUCUACCUGAAGACUUGUACUACCUGAUCAAGAAAGCCGUCGCUAUGAGGAAGCACUUGGAACGUAACAGGAAAGACAAAGACAGCAAAUUCAGGCUCAUUCUCGUAGAGUCUAGAAUCCACAGGCUCGCACGCUACUACAAAACCAAGAGCGUGCUGCCCCCUAACUGGAAGUAUGAGUCGAGCACCGCCUCCGCUCUUGUGGCUUAAGUUUAAAUAAACUAUGUAAAUUCCCA